UUUUUUUGUGAACAAAAAAAAUGUUUAAAUUCCAAGGUAAAUAUUUAUUUUGAUUAUUAUAGAGAUCAAAAUAAUUAGUUUAAGAACAAAUCUAUUGAUUAAUAACCAGAGGAAGAGUACUCGUCUGAAGUGAGCUGCGAAGAGUCAGCAGUAAGAGAAUAUUCCGGAGAAGGACAAAAUGCAUUUAUCGAGAAUACAUCCUCGGGAUCUGAAGGAUUCUUCCUGGAUUCCAUGGUAAAGGACGAAUCAGUAGCAUCAGAAUCCAGCAAUAAUAACUACAAGAAUGAUAUCAGUGCAGUUGCAUUCUUCACUCUAGUAGAGAAAAAAGUUGGUCAGAUUCCUGAAUACCUAAAAAAUAUGCUCUUCCUCAAUGGAUUUGCAGCUCCUAUGCUAUUUGAGAAUCUCACAAUUGCCGAUCUCUCUUCAAUGGAGAACUUUGUCAAAACUGUGAUGCCAAAAAUAUGCCCCCUAACAAGGGAAUAUUUUUCUGUGUUCUGUCACAACAUCCCUGAAUUUAAGAUUCCACUUGGCCAUCAAAAUCUCCUGCUGAAUGCAGUGGAAAAAGUAAAGAGUGAUAGUGAUUCUUUUGUCAAAGAUGUUCUGAAGAUGAAACAAAAAACUGAAGAUCGUAUGAAUAAUAAAACCUUCUCCACAAAGAACCCAAUUGAAGAGAGACGACUCAAGGGGAAUUCCCAGGAAGCUGAGAUGGAGAACAAGAUUGCGAGUAAAAUCAAAAUUUUGACUAGGCAAUGGUGCGAGAAGACUGACCUGGGAAAUUUUGACAAAAGUCUCAUUGAUGUGGAUAAAAUGAGCGUGAAACUAGUGAAUGUUGGACAGAAUCUCUUUGCAGAAGUUCUCUGUCCAAUUUGUAAGCAUCAUAUCAAAAUUGGAAUUUGGUCCAACAAACUCAACAAGAAGCCCAGAUUAAUUCUUUCCAAUUUCAACUCUCACAUUCGUAUGCACGCCAAAAGGGAGAAUCUCAAGAGAGUCUCUAGCACAACAACCACAGAGACUCAUGCUGAGAGUCUCCUUGAGGACGAGGGAACAAGUGAGGUAUCCCCAGAAAAGAGGAGAACCAGACGAUCAAGUGCACGCUUGGAAGCUUCUAGGCCUUCUGGAAGUCAUCGAGAAAGUUUCCAGGCAGCAACACCUAAAGCUCUUGGACAGAUUUACAAUAGCGAACUCCUCGAGUCCAUCAGUGACUUUUGGCUGAGCCUCGAGAUGGAAUUUGGCGAUGGCGAAGAAAUUGUGCCAAGAUAUCUUCAGAACUUCCUGCAUCUGAUGGGCUUUGGCACAAGAAAAGCCCUGUCGUUGUUGAGAGAUGAAGACUUUGACAUUUUAGAACGCUACGGCAAGCAAAAAAUGAAAGUGUGGACGGAGAAGGAACCAGAAAGUGUAGAAUUCUUUCUAGGCCCAUUUGCACGUGCUAUGGAUGAAUUUGAAAUUGCACUAGGCUACAAGAGGCAAUUGAUGGAGCUGAAGGAGAGCUUAGCGAGGCAAAUGGAGAGCAAUAGAAGGCAAAAAAUGUGCAAAAAUGGUGAAACAACAAAAAAUCAAGGUGAUCCAAUUGCUCAAGAAAAAGCUGGAGAGUCUUCACAUUUCACUCAAGUACUCCUGAAGGAGUACAAGUCAGAGGAAUCAGAGUCAUUUUUUUCCUAUGAGUGAAAGUGAGGCAAGGAUUUCAUUUACUGAAAUUUCUUUAUUCCUGGGCAUCUAGUUCAAAUACUUCUUACUGACAACCUUUUCUUUUAGAAAUAAAUCCACAAACACUGAAAAUUAUUAUAAAUUAUUAAUAAAAUAAAUAUUUACCUUACUUC